AUGAAGACUGUAUCCGUUCUGCUCCUUGCGGGCACCGCCAUUGCAACACGAACCGGCCCUCUCCAGCCCAGACAGUCCAGCAGCAGCAGCAGCACGCCAGAGGUCACAGUCAAGGGAAAUGCAUUCUGGGCUGGUGAUGAGCGUUUCUACAUUCGUGGUGUGGCAUAUCAGCCAGGUGGUGCCGCAGACGCCGCGGACCCCUUGAUCGAUAUCACAAGUCUCACAAGAGACGUUGAGAACUUCAAGGAGCUCGGCAUCAACACCAUCCGUGUGUACACCGUCGACAACUCGGAAAACCACGACGAGGGAAUGAAGAUUCUCGCCGAUGCGGGCAUCUACCUGGCCCUGGAUGUGAACUCGCCCAAGUUCUCUCUCAACCGGGCUGACCCCUUCCUGUCGUACAACGAGAAGUACCUGCAGUCUGUCUUCGCGACUGUCGAUGCUUUCGCCAACUACACCAACACCCUUCUUUUCUUCAGCGGCAAUGAGGUGAUCAACGACAAGAAGACCACUGGCACCGCUCCUUACAUCCGCGCUGUCACCCGUGACAUCAAGAACUACAUCAACGCCCGCGGCUACCGUACCAUCCCCACCGGAUACUCCUCCGCCGAUGUCUCCGAGAACAUCGUUGAGCAGCUCGAGUACUUCGACUGCGGAGACGACAGCUCACGUGCCGACUUCUUCGCCUUCAACGACUACUCCUGGUGCGACCCCUCGGACUUCGUCAAGUCUGGCUGGAAGGCCAAGGUCGAGAAGUACACCGGCUACGGUAUCCCCAUGUUCCUGUCUGAGUACGGAUGUAUUGAAGAUGAGCGUGCCUGGGGUGAGGUUGCCGCGCUGUACUCCACCAACAUGACCACGGUCUUCUCUGGUGGCAUUGCCUACGAGUACUCGGUCGAGCCCAACGGAUACGGCAUCGUCGAGAUCAAGAACGGCGAGAUCACCCCCAACGAGGACUUCGAGGAGCUGGCCACCGCCUUCAAGAACACGCCCAACCCCUCUGGCGGUGGUGAAUACAACUCCGACACCACCGCAUCUGAGUGCCCUGCUCAAUCCGAGAACUGGGAGGUCGCUGACGAGCUGAUCCCUGCUCCCCCCUCCGGUAUCGAGGAGUACAUGGACAACGGCGCUGGCACUGGCCCUGGUCUGUCGCAGGACGUGACCACCUCGCACUACGGCGGUGACACGUACUCCGAGUCCAACAUCACCAUGGAUGGUGUUGUGGUCGCCUCCACUAGCAACGGCUCGUCUUCAAGCAGCGGCUCAAGCGGAAGCGGAAGCGGUAGCUCCUCCCAGAGCGGCGCGAUUGGAUCUGCUGCGCCUGGUCUGGUCCUGUCGAUGGUGUCUUGCGUGUGCCUGGGAUUGAUUGUCUUCUUGUAA